AUGGCGGAAAAGAACGAGACCGUCCUGAUCACAGGAGGAUCCGGCUUCAUUGCCAUGUGGUGUAUCAUCCAAUGCUUGCAGGCAGGCUACCAAGUCAGGACCACCGUGCGGUCGCUGAAACGGACCGAGACCGUCCUGCAAGGACUCCGAUCCGCGGGCGCACUCAACCCCGAGACGGUGGUCUUCAAAGAAGCUGAUCUGCUUCAGGACGAGGGCUGGAAGGAAGCCGUGGAGGGAUGUACGUAUGUCCUUCACGUUGCGUCUCCCUUCCCGGCCGAGGCACCCAAGCAUGAAAACGACCUGAUUGUUCCCGCCCGCGACGGCACUCUGCGCGUGCUUCGGGCAGCCAGAGACGCUAGCGUGAAACGCGUCGUGGUCACUUCUUCGUUUGCCGCCAUCGGCCAGGGCCAUCGAGGCCGAGAUCCUUCCAAGCCCUUCACCGAGGAAGAUUGGACCGACCUGAGCGGGCCUGGGGUCGGAGCCUACGAGAAGAGCAAGACGAUUGCCGAACGGGCGGCCUGGGACUUUAUCGAUCAGGAAGGUGGCAAUCUGGAACUGUCGGUCGUGAAUCCCGUCAGUGUCAUGGGUCCCAUUCUGGGGACCGAGAUAUCCACUUCGAUCCAGGUGGUGAGCCGUCUCUUGAGCGGUGCGAUCCCAGGAUGUCCCAAUAUUGAAUUUGGCGUGGUGGAUGUUCGUGAUGUGGCCGAUCUGCAUCUGCUGGCAAUGACGCACCCCAACGCCAAGGGGGAGCGAUUCCUGUGUAUGGCGCCGCCUGCCAUGUCCAUUCGGGAUAUUGCGUUGACGCUUCGUGAGAGAAUGGGGCCUCAGGGGCGGAAAGUGCCCACGAGGACGAUCCCCAACUUUGUCUUGCGGUCCCUUGGCUUCUUUGAUUCGGGGAUUGCCCUCGUCAUUCCGUAUCUGGACGAGGCUCGCCCCGGAUCAAUUGAGAAGGCCAAAACGUCCCUGGGGUGGAAUCCUCGCUCGAAUGCCGACGCGGUCGUUGCCUCGGCAGAGAGUCUCAUUCAUCACGGGGUUGUCAAGGUCUAG